AUGUCCACUUGUCCUAACUCUUCACCGCAGGAAGCUCUCGUUCGCACCAAACCCCAAUCCAGCUUACAGAUCGAUUAUGACAUCUUGUUGUCCCCCACAUAUCAGGUCCCCAUCUUGUACUUCGGCCUCAGGUGGCACAACCACGGCCCACUCGGACUAGACGAAGUCUACCAGUAUGUCGUGCCGGAACAGUACAGGCAAGAAUUGAAGAGUGUGGGUGUAAUGGGUGGGAUUAGUAUGGGUUACCAUCCUGACUCUGGCGCCCCGGCCUUUUUUGUCCACCCAUGCAACACCGCAAAUGCCAUGGCGAACAUUGCAGACGCACAGAGCGUCACUCCUGGAUCAUAUCUCCUCAUCUGGCUCGGCCUUGUAGGUCAUUGCGUGAACCUGCACGUCCCACGCGAGCUUUUCGCUUAG